AUGACAGAAGCCUUCAAUUAUACAAAUAAAAGCCCUGAGAAGACUGCAUUCAAUACAAUUGGAUUCUUCCGUUCAGUAUCUAAUAUAAUUAUUCUUACAAUUUCUUUCCUAAUUAAUUUUCUCCCAACAACUCUACUCUGUCGGUUGUUAUGCACUGUAUUCCCCAAAAGAUCUUGCAUGGAAUUUCGAUCCAUCUUCACAUUGUGAAUGGUUUGGCGGAGCUUUGGAAGAGAUAACAUAUACGUUUAUUGUUACAUCAGUAUUGAACAUUAUCACUUUGGCCAAAAUAAUAUAUUUUUACGGAAGAAGAACAUCAAAUGCAGACAAGGAUUUAAAAAAGAGAAUGCGGAAAAAUACAAUUAACUUUUUGCAAACAAUUUUUCCAGAUUCUCUAUAUCUUAUUGACAUGUCAUUCACUUUUAAAAUAAGUUCCUGGAGUACUCAUCGUAUAUGGACUUAUAUCAGUGGAGCACUUAUUUGGGAAUGCUUACACGCUUUCGAUGGAUUUGUGAUGGUAAUGUUUCAUGAUCAAGUGUCAAUUUUCAAACGAGAGAAGAUAAAUGUUUCUGGUAAUGCAAUAUUCCAGUCAUCGCGGCAGAAAAUUAAAAUAUCUGUGCCAUUAAACUGA